CUAGUAUGAAGAAUUUACUAAUCCUGAUUGCCGUAUUGGCCGUGGCCAGCGCGAAGUCAAUCGACAUCGAUCCGUCCCAAGUUCAGCCGUUUGAGUCGAUUGGAAUAGGUUGGUCCCAGGUUCAGCCGAUUGAGGACUCCGACCAGUACUGGGAUCGUCUUCCAGCUGAUCUGCAGUACCUGCGCAAGCAGGAUCCGGAUCGCAGGAUUGUGAAUGGUCAGGAAGCUACUCUGGGCCAAUUUCCGUACCAAGUGUUCGUGGAUUACCAGAGAAAUGGUGGUUCUUAUAGUUGUGGUGGAUCAAUUCUGAACAGCAACAACGUUUUAACUGCGGCUCAUUGUGUAUGGCGUGCCGAAGGAGGGAUUGUCAUCGCAGGAGCUCACAAUCGCAGAAUUGAAGAGCCCACCCAGCAGAGAAUCCCGUUUGCCAAAGUUUAUUAUCAUGCAGAUUAUACCGAACAACGCUUUCGAAACGACAUUGCUGUUGUGCGUCUGAUCCGCCACAUUACGUUCAACAAUCGUGUUCAACCUGUGCUGCUCCCUGCUCUAGGGGACAAUCAAUGUUUGGCUGUCUGGGGAAACCCUGAAUCUAUUCAGGAUCAGAACCUCUGUUUGUCUACUGCCGGGGAAACUUCUACAUGUCAAGGUGAUUCUGGAGGUCCUUUGACCGUCAUGGAUGGUGGAAGAACAAUGCAGGUCGGUAUUGUGUCAUUCGGGCAUUCUUCUGGAUGUGUCAGCAAGUAUCCUAAGGUGUUUGCGCGUGUGACUUAUUAUCUAGAUUGGAUCUUGCAUGUUCUGAUUUUGUAGACUCUGCAUGGAACCAACUUGAUUUUCAACUGGCUUAGGUGUUUAAAUGCAAAUGAAUAAAACUCACUAAAAGU